AGACGUGGAAGAAGAAAAAAACAAGACGGGCGGCUGUCUGCUCACAGGCUUCCGAUCCGGGCUACGCGGAGAUGAAAAUCAAUCACCACGUCUCGACUACCACGUCACUCGCCGGAUAGCUUCUCGUACCUUUACGUUAGUUAGCCAGAGGUUAGCAUCUGGCUGCUAAUAAAUGCCACAUUUUCAAGAAAAGGGGGAAUUUUCACACCUUUCCUAGUCACAAUGAUAAAUGAAGACAUCAGGACGUUUGAAACAAGGCAGAUAUUCAUCUUCCAGCUUCAUGCUUUAUAGUGAUAAGUAAAGCAACAAGUAGAAGAAAUGUCCAUCAUGGGAAGGAUCAGCUUUUCGUGCCUUUUCCCAGCUUCUUGGCACUUCAGCCUCUCAUCCCAGGUUCUUCCUCGGCUCGUGAUACCAUCAAUCAGACAGCUGCUCUUCAUCAGUCUAGUGGUCUGCCUCAUAGGGCUGCUCUACCUGCUGCUUGUUGCUGGAAAGGGGCACGUCAGCUGGAUCACCAAGGAAAAUCACUUCCACAGGCACUUAGCGAGGGUCACUGAUAUCGACGCAACAGACACAACCAACCCCAACCUGAACUACGGUCUGGUAGUGGACUGUGGCAGCAGUGGCUCCAGGGUGUUCGUGUACUGCUGGCCCCGGCACAACGGUAAUCCCCACGAACUGCUGGACAUCCGGCAAAUGCGAGAUCAGAACCGCAAGCCAGUGGUCAUGAAGAUCAAGCCAGGUAUUUCCGAAUUGGCUAAAACACCAGAGAAAGCCAGUGAUUAUAUAUACCCACUGCUGAGCUUUGCAGCCCAGCACAUCCCCAAACACAAGCACCAGGAAACACCCUUGUAUGUCCUGUGCACAGCUGGAAUGAGAAUCCUACCUGAGAGUCAACAGGAAGCACUUCUGGAGGAUCUGCGCACAGAUAUCCCAGUCCACUUCAACUUCCUCUUCUCGGAUUCCCACGUGGAAGUGAUUUCUGGAAAACAAGAAGGUGUCUAUGCUUGGAUUGGAAUCAACUUUGUCCUUGGAAGAUUUGACCAUGUGCACAAUGACGACGAGGAUGUAGUGGAGGUACAUGUUCCAGGCGGCGAUCAGCAGGAGACGCUGUUGAGGAAAAGGACGACAGGUGUCCUGGACAUGGGUGGUGUCUCCACACAGAUUGCGUACGAAGUGCCCAAAACUGUAAGCUUUGCUUCUCCACAGCAGGAGGAAAUCGCCAAGAACUUACUGGCCGAGUUUAACUUGGGGUGUGACGUGCAUCGCACAGAGCAUGUGUAUCGUGUUUACGUGUCCACCUUUCUGGGUUAUGGAGGAAAUGCAGCACGCCAAAGAUACGAGGAGAACCUCAUCAGAAAUACCGCAACCCGAAACAGGCUCUUAGAUCAGCAUAUCGGUGAAACAGUGGAGUCUCCCCUCCUGGACCCAUGUCUACCCACUGACCUGCAGGAUGAGAUUGGCCCACCUACACAGCGCCUGUAUCUGCGAGGCACCGGAGACUUUGACCAGUGUAGGCAAAUUCUCCAGCCAUUCCUAAACCGCACCAAUGACACCCAAACCUCCCUCAGUGGUGUCUACCAGCCAGCAAUUGACUACAGCAACAGUCAGUUCUAUGGCUUCUCUGAGUUCUACUACUGCAUGGAGGAUGUGCUGCGCAUGGGUGGAGAUUAUAAUGCUUCGAAGUACGCCAAGGCUGCCAAGAGUUACUGUGCCACCCAGUGGAAGAUUCUGAGGGAACGCUUUGAGUCUGGGUUAUACGCCUCACAUGCCGAUCUCCAUAGAUUGAAGUACCAGUGUUUUAAAUCUGCAUGGAUGUAUGAAGUAUUGCACACAGGCUUCUCUUUCCCAACCAAUUAUAAAAACCUAAAGACUGCUUUAUUGGUCUACGAUAAGGAGGUCCAGUGGACUCUUGGAGCUAUACUUUACAGAACACGGUUUCUGCCUUUAAGGGACAUCCAACAGGAAAGCCUGAAAGGAGCGCACUCUCACUGGCGACACAGCUUCUCCUUUGUCAACAAUCACUACUUAUUCCUGGCUUGCUUCUUCAUCGUUUUGCUUUCUAUUAUACUGUACUUACGGCGACUCCGCCGCAUUCAUCGGCGCACAGCUCAGCGUUGCACCCCCUCCUCUGUACCAUGGCUGGAAGAGGGCCUUAGCUCACCAACAAUCCUCAUCAAUCUCUAAAAUUUGUAGAGCGUAAAGUCUGGGCAGCGUGUCUGUUUCCCGUCGCCAAUCUUCAAUCCUUUUCUCUCUGAAGCCAUCUCCUUUGUCAGUGACUCUUUGAAGGCUGCUCCACCUUAAUGUGUUUUGAGAGAUGGUACAAAUAAGGAACACCUUGCAUGAAUCUUCAGGCUUGCCUGAGGAAAAUAUGUGUGAUUAAGUUAAAAAUUCAUAAUUAUAUUUUUGCCUGUCUAAUUCAGAGGGCAGCUGCCCUUAAGUGUCUCUUAUUUAUUUCCAAAAAUAAAUGGUACUUUAUUUCCAGGUUAUCCAUAGGGAAAUAAUUUCUUAGUCAAAGUUUUUAAUUUCACAAAGUUUGACGAAUAAACCAAUAGUGGCUUCUUUUUUUUUAUUUCUAUUUAUGUGUGGAUAUUUACAGUUCUGUAUGCCUUUUCUUUGUGCAUGUACACAUCUUUUUUGUUGUUGUUCUUAAAGUUAGAUGAAAUAAGCACUCCCUAUUUGUAUAGAAACCUCAAAUGCAAUUAAUUAUAAUCAGUAGAAGGAGAAUUUUUUUGCACUGCAGUUGAGAAGCACGUCCCAGCAGGAAUAGUCUUUUUCUGUUUGAGUGUACGCGUGCACAUCGCUCUAAAAGUGAUAAGUAGCCUUGAACAGCUAUGCUAGUGCAAUACAUGUCUUAUCACUGCAACGCAUCUACCCUUUUCUCCAGAGCCUCAGUCUUUUCUAAGGCCUUGCUGAAAGUCUUGCGUGUGGAUAUCUGGCUGUUCGGUUGGAUACUGUUGCAUAUGUUUAUGUUUAGGCUUCGUUUUCAGAAGCUAUCAUGUUACUGCUGUGGGGGGGGGAGAUUGUAAACAAGAGCACAUGCCCUAUUAUUUAUAUAAUGAAAUGUUUUCACAAAUGAAUGUGAAAUAAAUGUGACACUGCAAUCCAGUAAUAAAAAUUUUAUGCUAUUCUGA